AUGACUGAACUGAAGAGAUUAAUAACUUCUCGGAAGUUUGUAAGAAAGUCUGUUACGGAGUCGUUUGAUCGACGUGAUCAGUUCAUCUUACUUGAAGCUUCAGAUAAGCUAGCACUUGAGUCUAAGUUGACUGACAACAUGGCACGUUUGAAGGAAUUGGAUCUUCAAAUACAGGGUAUAAAAUGGAGUUCUGAAGAAAACGAAAGUGAACAGAUGGAGGAAUUGGAGGCCUGUGAAAAUUAUCAAGACAAACUACGUUCGUGUUUAUUUAAGCUCCAAUCGCCUGUACCGACUACACCAUCACCCCCAACUCCAGCUCUUCCCCUUUUGAAGAGACCAACGGCUCCUUUACCUCGAUACUCUGGUCAAGAGAACGAAGAUCUAACUAAAUUUCUAUCUCAAUUUGAGGCAGUUAUCAACAGAUUGCAGUGUAGACCAGAACUAGAUUGGGAUGAAAAGCUUACUGCUCCUUUGAUCAAUGAAUGGAAGAAUAUCUGCAAGCAGGCCAAUUCUGCACCUUCUGUAGAGUUCCCACGGAAUUUUGGUGCUCGUACUGACAAAUAUAAAUUGGUUGGGUUUGCUGAUAGUACUGGAGAGGUGGUGCCCGAACCAGUGGGAUUUGGUGGCGCUCUCAAAGUUGCGACCUGGUUGCGACCUAAGGUCACCAACCAAGAUUUUGGAACGGAAGAAGAAGAAGAAGAAGAAGAAGAAGAAGAAGAAGAAGAAGAAGAAGAAGAAGAAGGAGAAGAGAAGAAAGACAGAUAG